GCACACAUGCUCCCCUGCAGCCCCUCCCCUGACUGGAAGAGGGGAGUUGAAAUAGUCAGCUCCUGCUUUGUGCAGAAAGUUUUCUUUCACUCCCUGCUCAGAGCUGCCUUUGAGAGGAGGACUGAUGUGGCUUUGUUAGCACUGAGCUAAGGAGCUGAUUUGGAUGAUCAUGAGGCUGCCUUCAGUCAUUUUACUCUGCACCGUUGUGGCAGGAGCUUCAGGGAGAUCCCAGGAGACUUUAGAGCAGGAAGCCUCCUGUAUGACAGAGUGUGUUGGACACAGCACCUUGCAAUUCCCUAAAGGCUCCAGAUAUAUCUAUAGGUAUUCUACAGCCACCAACACAUUCCUACAGGGACCCAUUUACAAAAGGAGUGGUGUUUCCCUUGAGAGCACAGUGAUCCUUGAAGCACUAGGAAAGUGCCAUAUGGUCUUAGAAAUGCAAGAUGUUCAGAUAAAGAAGACACAGGCAUCCAGGGAAGAUCCACUGAAGGGAAUAGAUAGUUUAAGGGAACUACUAGAGCGGCAUCCUCUUCACUUUUCUUUCCAUGAGGGGAGAGUUUUAACAAUCUCCCCACUGAGGAAUGAACAGACCUGGGCACUGAACAUCAAACGGGGCAUUCUCAGUAUCCUUCAGACCGCACGUGCACCCACUGCCGAUGGAAUCGUUGAAGAGGUGGACAUUCUGGGAAAAUGCCCAACCAAAUAUGAGCAAAAAGGCCCUAUUCUUUUGAAGACAAGAGACUUAAACCUGUGUUCUCACCGGUAUUCAGGUUUUACCUCCUUGCAGUCUAUUGCUCUACCUGGUGCAGUGUCCCAGCAGCAGCUCCUGUCUUCCAAAUUGGAAUGUGUUCAGAGCUUUAAGGAAGGAAUCCUAGCAGAGGCCAAAUGUACUGAGUCCAAUCUCCUUACCCCUUUCUCUAGGAAGGGCAGUGGAGCAAAGACACAGACACAGUCUGUACUAAAACUACUUCAAGUAGAGGCAGAGACCUUGUACAAGAAAGUGGACUGCAAGGAUCUCUAUGUGAGUGGUAUCCUAUAUGAAAAGGAAGAAACUGAGAGGCAAUCUACAGAAAAAGAUGUGGCUGAAAUAGUGCGAAAGCUCUGCUUGGCACAUAGCAUGAGUUUUGAGAGUACAGAUCUCUUCAUGACUCUGGUGUUUGAACUUCGAAGUCUCUCCAUUAAUGCUUUAAUGGGCCUUUGGCAAAUAUCUUCAUUUAAGUGCAGAGACAACUGGCAGCCACUGGCAGACGCUCUCCCAUCCUGUGCUACAGAGGCCUGUGUUUUCCUUAUGAAAGAAAUUAUAGUCUCAAAAGAAGUGGAAGAGGACAAAAUUGAAUCUUUCCUUUGGUCACUGUCAUUCAUUCUGAAGCCCACUGCAGGCAUGAUCAACUCUCUUGCUCCUUUGCUACAAUCACCAGGAGCAAGCCAGACUACCUUCCUAGGAAUAACAGCUAUGGUGCAUAACUUCUGUUCAAGUAGCAGUGCCUGUAACCUGGUACCUGCAGUGCAGAUGGUAACAAGGAUUCUGGAGGGAUACCUGGGAAGAAACUGCAGCUUGGAAGAAUUGGAAGACCUCAGCCAGACGCAAUUAGUGUUAAAAGCAAUUGGAAAUGCAGGUCUGGCAGCCACAUCUCUUACUCCGGUCCUCAGUUCAUGUGCAUUCCAGAAAAGCCACCCUACCGAAAUCCGACUAGCAGCCAUACAGGCCUUCAGACGCAUUCCCUGCACUGCCAACCGCACCGUAUUAGUCCAGCUGUAUCAAGCCGCUGAUGAUGAUGUGGAAAUAAGAAUUGCUUCGUAUUAUAUAGCAAUGAAGUGUCCGAGUAAAGAGCUCUUUCGCCAAGUACAACAGACUUUUCAGCGAGAGACAUCUAGCCAAGUGGGUUCUUUUGUUUGGAGUCAUCUCUCUCAACUCCUGGAGACAGACGACCCCCUGAAAGAAUACCUCCGUGACUCCAUUCCUGAUGACAUCCUUAGCAAAGAGUUUGAUUGGGAAAUGUGGAAAUAUUCCUCAUAUUCAGAUGUCACUUUCCAUUCAGGAGCUGCAGGUGCCAAUAUGGAGGCAUCACUAGUUUUUUCUCCUGCAUCUUUUAUUCCACAAUCCAUAAUGACAAACUUGACCAUAUACACUAUGGGGCGGGCUAUAAAUCUGCUAGAGCUUGGUGUACGGUUAGAGAAUGCAGAAGAUCUCAUACAGAUGAUAUUUGGCCAACAGUCUACUUCUUUCAGUGAAUACUUGUUUUCAAAUACUGACGAAAGAAACCCCAAAUCAGAAAUUCCUGUGGAAAUAGCUAGAAAAGCGAAGCAGAAGAGAUUGACUUCAAAGAAAUACAGUGCUGGAGAACGUCUUGUGACUAAGGCUGGAAAAUCCAAGUUAAGUAAAGCAAAGCAGAGUUGCCCAGGUGGAAAGUAUAAUAAGAUGAGUGAAUUAGUAAAAAAGUUCACUGAUAGGCUGGGACGAAAGAAGGAGUUGAAAUGUGAACUGAGCAUAAAGAUCUUUGGAAAUGAACUCAGCUUUUUGGACUGUGAAGAUAUAAGAAAGAAAGUGAAGCAUUAUUCCCUGAACCUGGCGGAACUAGCUGUCAAGCUUCUAAAGGGUCAAGAGAUCCAGUUUAAUAAAAGACUGAGUUUGGCCACUGAAGAACUGCUCUUCCCAGCAAUUUCAGGUUUUCCAGUUCAGUUGGUUUUAAAUGCCUCUGCAGCAAUCAAUGUAAAAAUCAAAGGGGAUGUGGAUUUCAAGCACCGAUCAAAUUUUUUCAUUAAUGGAUAUAUCAAGCCAAGUGCAUUUAUCCAGAUUUCUACCCAAAUGGGAACUGUGGGGAUUCUGGGAAAAACUGGCUUGGCCUGGGUAACUGGCAUUAAGACAUCAACAAGCCUGGAUGGAGGAAUCCAGGUAAAAAAAGGACAAGAACUUAAAGCAUUUUUGAAUACCCCUGAAGAAUCCAUGGAAAUAAUUGAUUUCAGCUCUAAAAUUUACCUCACAACAGCUGAUGGAAUGGAAAAUAUUGAUGGUUUCCAAGACCGUGUAGAAAGCAAAUCCUGCACUAGUGAGGAAGUAUCCAAGAUUAUUGGCUGGCAAUUGUGUUCUGAAAUGUUUUACCCUGACUCAACCAGUAGUUUGCCUUUCCCACUUUCUGGGCCCAUGAAAGCAUCUGUAACAUUAACAAAGCAAGAUAGAGGUCUCCAGCAGUACCUGAUGGAAGCAGCUUAUAAUUAUGUUUCUCAGGAAGAUUCUUGGAUGCCAAAUGAAGCUGUUGUUCAUUUCUUUUUUGGGACUCCAAAGUCAGACCUGAAACGGGAUGUUGGUAUUGAGCUAAAUGUUCAUGUUCCACAGAAGAAAUUCCGAAUUCAAUUCAUACAACCAAAGAAAAAAAUCCAAAUGGAUGGAAAAAUUGAGUUCUCUAAGAAUUCACGAAUUGGACACCUGGAGUUGAUACUAGAUGACCAAGAUGUAUAUUACAUUAAGGGAAUGACAGAUUUGCAAACAGUGAAUGGAGAGCAGAGAUACACAACCCAGCUGGAGGUCAAGCUGGUAAAACAGGGGAGUCCUAUCAUUCUGUCAGGAAACAUCACUAAACAACUUGGCAAGAAAAUGGCCCUGUCGGUAUCCCUGAAUAAUUUAUUGAAGGAUGCAGCAUUUCUUUCAGUAUUUCUGGAGAGAAAGGUUGAUGAUAAAGUGAGGCAGUACUCAUUUGAAGGGGAAACUUACCUUCCUGGUGUGCUGGGAUUGCAUGUCAUUGGCCUCCUGCAGCAGCGAGGAAACUUGUGGUCUAAUGCUCUACGAAUGAAAUAUGGACUCCUAGCAGGUGCAAAGAACCUUCAGCAUGAAUGUAAUGCAGGGCAGAAAAUCAAGGUGGAGACUGGUCCAAAUGAAGCCUACAAACUGGAUUUAGGACAUGAGCUUCACUGUACUCAGGCUCCAGCCUAUAAUCAUAAGGUUCAUUUACAGCAUGAAGAACGUCCAUCUCGGCUUCAUUCGCACCUGGAAGUGAACUAUGGAAAACACUGGGAUGAAAUCAACAACAAGAAGAAAUUGUUGAUCAGCCAGACAUUUAAAAAUAGUUCAAGUCAUUCCCUAGCCAGCUACUUCAUGGAGUUUAGCCUGCAAGUCCCUGAAAAGCAGAUGAAUUACAGAACCCAGCUGCAGCACUCCUGUAUCUCUCAGGGUUAUUCAGAGAGUAGCACCAACUUUAAGGUGCAGUAUAAUGACCGUAUGCCAUUUGUGGCAGGACUGCAAUGGAAAGAUACCUCCAGAAAUUACCUUAAGAAGUGGGAAGGUGCACUAACAAUGGACACCCCGUGGCUGUAUCUGUACACUUCUCACAAACUACACCAACCUCAACAUUCUGCUUAUCUGUCUACUGUGGAGCUAACAGCUGGGAAAGCCAUUUCUAUCAAGAACCUGGUGGUGGAAAUGUUCUGCAAAAACAAAGGCAAUGAAAAAGAGGGCAAGAUUCACAUCUAUACCCCGACUGCUACAUAUCUCCGGGUCAGUAACAUACUAGCACUUCCUGUGUGCAAAUGA